GGACGCCGGUGCCUGGGCCUGCGCCUGGGCGGGAGGCAGACGCAUGCCCCUUUGGCCUACGUUUCGGCUGCCGGACCGGCGGGACAGUGACGGUUGGGCCGGGAGGGGGCGCAGGCUGUGGGGCGGCCUCUGGGCGCGAGCGGGGUGACUGCCGCGCUGCCCGCGCCUCUGCGCCUGGCCCAGCCUCUGAGCUGAGCUCCGCCUGAUUGGGAUUAAUUGCACGCCUCUGUGUCAUUGGGCUUUGGCCGGGCGUGAUGAGACAGACUGUUAGGGGAUCACGUCCUUCUUUCCUCCCCUCUUGUCUGAGGACUUCCACCUCUUGAGGGACAGGCCCUCUCCGUGCUUCCCUCUGGAGUUUCUUGCAAUGUGCUUGUGAAGUGACCGGUGGUGUUUCCUUUAUGUGCAUUGUGAUGGGCGGUUCUGUUUCUCCUUUUUGUUUAAAAUUCUGACCAAGGAAGUAACCUUGUUAACUUAAUGCUUAAUGCCCUUGUCUUCCGUUUACUCACUUGAUUUGGUUUCUGCUAGGUUGCGUUCAUUUAUUCCUAAUAGUUUACCUACAUUCCUUGCCUAUGAUUUCAUUAUCAACAGAACGUGAAAUGAGACGAAUGUUAAUACACUCUACUUUUACUUUGCUGUUACUUUCAAAGUUUGUUUAGUAAAACAUGAGGACCUCUUCAAGGCAGUCGUUUGGAGAACAGCUAUUUAUAUGACCAUAUUUCCAUUUGCUGUUACUAUUUUGAGGUCAUUCGAUUGGCGUUUUUACUGCUCCAAAAUCAACUUUUUCUCCAAAUUUCAGUUUUCUGGGCAAAAACGUGAGAUGGAAGAUUUUCGAGGUAUAGCAGAAGAAUCAUUUCCAAGCUUUCUCACCAAUUCAUUAUUUGGUAACAGUGGGAUUUUGGAAAAUGUCACUCUUUCUUCAAAUCUUGGCUUGCCUGUUGCUGUUUCCACACUUGCUAGGAAUAGAUCCAGCACUGAUAACAGGUAUCCUGAUAUCCAGGCAUCUUACUUAGUAGAAGGCAGAUUUUCAGUUCCAUCCGGGUCAUCUCCCGGAAGCCAGAGUGAUGCUGAACCAAGAGAGAGGUUACAGCUUAGCUUCCAGGAUGAUGAUUCUAUCUCUAGGAAAAAGAGCUAUGUGGAAAGUCAACGUUUGUCAAAUGCUCUCAGCAAACAGUCAGCUUUACAAAUGGGGACAGCAGGACCAGAAGAGGAGCCAGCUGGAGCUACAGAAUCCUUGCAGGGCCAAGAUCUCUUCAAUAGGGCUUCACCACUGGAACAAGCACAAGACUCACCUAUCGAUUUUCAUUUACAGUCAUGGAUGAAUAAUAAGGAACCCAAGAUUGUUGUGCUUGAUGCUGGAAAACAUUUUGAAGACAAGACUCUAAACAGUGACCUAAGCCACACUAGCUUAUUAGAAAGUGAGAAACUUAUGUUACCGACAAGCUUGGAAGAUUCUUCUGAUGAUGAUAUUGAUGAUGAAAUGUUUUAUGAUGAUCAUUUGGAGGCUUAUUUUGAACAACUGGCAAUUCCAGGAAUGAUAUAUGAAGACCUAGAAGGACCAGAACCUCCAGAAAAAGGUUUUAAGUUACCUACAAAUGGUCUUAGUCAGGCAAAUGAAAACGGUAGCUUAAACUGCAAGUUUCAAUCAGAAAAUAACAGCUCUCUGAUUUCCCUGGACUCACACUCUUCUGAAACAACUCACAAAGAGUCUGAGGAAAGCCAAGUUAUUUGUCUACCUGGGACUAGUAAUUCUAUAGGUACUGGAGGUAGUAGAAGGCACACAGAUGAUAUUUUACCAUUUUCCUCUGGUACUUGGGGAACUGAGAAAGAAAUAGAAAAUUUGAAGGGUAUUGUUCCAGAUCUUAACAGUGAAUGUGCAAGUAAAGAUGUUCUGGUGAAGACCCUCAGGGCUAUUGACGUGAAACUUAACUCUGAUAAUUUUCAUGAUGCAAAUGCCAAUAGAGGUGGUUUUGACCUGACUGACCCUGUAAAACAGGUGGCAGAGUGUCCUCAUCAAAAUAAGACAGUUUUGCACAUGGAUGGAUGUUUAGACACUGAGACUCCUACAGUGUCCAUUCAAGAAAAUGUGGAUGUAGCCUCUUUGAAGCCUAUUAGUGACAGUGAAAUUAAUUUCACUGAUGCCCUUUGGUCACCAGCUUGUGAAAGGCGAACAUGUGAAUGUCACGAGUCCAUCGAAAAGAAUAAAGACAAAACAGAUCUCCCACAGAGUGUGGUCUAUCAAAAUGAAGAGGGUAGGUGGGUCACAGACCUUGCCUAUUACACAUCUUUUAAUAGCAAACAAAAUUUAAAUAUGUCUCUAAGUGAUGAGAUGAAUGAAGACUUCAGAUCUGGUUCUGAAGCAUUUGAUUUGAUUGCACAAGAUGAAGAAGAAUUUAAUAAAGAGCAUCAAUUUAUACAGGAAGAAAACAUAGAUGCUCAUAAUACUUCGGUUGCACUGGGCGAUACGUCCUGGGGAGCUACAAUUAAUUACAGUCUGUUGAGGAAAUCACGUAGCACAUCAGAUUUGGAUAAAGAUGAUGCCAGUUAUUUACGUCUAUCUUUAGGAGAGUUCUUUGCUCAAAGAUCUGAAGCUCUUGGUUGCCUUGGUGGUGGUAACAAUGUGAAAAGACCAUCAUUUGGCUAUUUUAUUAGAUCACCAGAGAAGAGAGAACCUAUUGCCUUAAUAAGAAAAUCUGAUGUAUCGAGAGGUAAUUUGGAAAAAGAAAUGGCUCAUCUUAACCAUGAUCUAUAUUCAGGAGAUUUAAAUGAACAAUCCCAGGCACAGCUAAGUGAAGGAUCAAUUACACUUCAGGUUGAAGCAGUGGAGAGUACUUCACAAGUGGAUGAAAAUGAUGUGACGUUAACGGCUGAUAAAGGCAAAACAGAGGACUCUUUCUUCAUGAGCAACAAACCCCAAAGAUACAAAGACAAGCUACCAGAUAGUGGUGAUUCUGUGCUUAGGAUCAGCACCAUUGCUUCAGCCAUUGCAGAGGCAUCAGUUAAUACUGAUCCUUCCCAACUUGCUGCUAUGAUCAAGGCACUUUCAAAUAAAACCAGAGACAAGACUUUUCAGGAAGAUGAGAAACAAAAGGACUACUCUCAUGUGCGUCAUUUCUUACCUAAUGAUUUAGAAAAAAGUAAUGGAUCCAAUGCAUUUGAUAUGGAGAAAUACCUUAAAAAAACAGAAGUUAGUAGAUAUGAAAGUGCAUUGGAAAACUUUUCAAGGGCUAAUAUGUCUGAUACUUGGGAUCUAUCUUUGCCCAAAGAACAAACUACUCAAGACAUUCAUCCAAUGGACUUAAGUGCUACUAGUGUAAGUGUGAGGGAACCAGAAGAAAACACAGCAGCUAUUGUUUAUGUUGAAAAUGGAGAGAGUGAGAAUCAAGAGUCAUUUAGAACCGUAAACUCUUCAAAUUCAGUUACAAAUAGAGAGAAUAGCAGUGCAGUAGCUGAUGUGAAGACAUGUUCCAUUGACAACAAAUUACAAGAUGUUGGUAACAAUGAAAAAGCUACCUCAAUUUCCACUCCAUCUGAUAGUUAUUCAUCAGUGAGGAACCCCGGAAUAACAUCCCUUUGUCUGUUAAAAGAGUGUGAAGAAAUACGAGAUAAUAGAGAAAAUCAGAGGCAAAAUGAGUGUGUCAGUGAAAUAAGCAACAGUGAGAAGCAUGUGACUUUUGAAAACCAUUGCAUAGUCUCACCUAAAAAUAGUGAUUUGAAAAAUACCUCUCCUGAGCAUGGUGGACAUGGCUCAGAGGAUGAGCAGGAGAGCUUCAGACCUUCCACAUCACCACUAAGUCAUUCUUCUCCUAGUGAAAUUUCCGGAACAAGUUCAUCAGGGUGUGCGUUAGAGUCCUUUGGUUCAGCAGCUCAGCAGCAGCAGCCUCCCUUUGAGCAGGAGUUGUCUCCCUUGGUGUGCUCACCUGCUGGGGUGAGCAGGCUAACGUAUGUGUCUGAACCAGAGGGCUCCUAUCCUACCACAGCCACAGAUGAUGCCCUGGAGGACCACAAGAGUGAUAUCACCGGCGAGUUGAGUACCACAAUUAUUCAAGGCAGUCCAGCCGCAUUGAAGGAACGGGCUAUGGAAAAAUUGAGAGAAAAAGUUCCAUUUCAGAAUAGAGGAAAAGGAACAUUAUCAUCUGUUAUCCAGAAUAACUCUGAUACAAGAAAAGCAACUGAAACUACUUCUCUGAGUAGUAAGCCUGAAUAUGUAAAACCUGACUUUAGAUGGAGUAAAGAUCCUUCCUCCAAAAGUGGAAAUCUGUUGGAAACCAAUGAGGUAGGUUUGACAUCAAACCCUGAGGAAUUGGACCCGAUCAGGCUGGCUCUCCUGGGCAAGUCAGGUCUGAGCUGUCAGGUGGGGUCAGCCACAUCACGCCCUGUGUCCUGCCGGGAGCCUAUAGUUGAAGAUCAAAGAAUAAUUCCUAAAGAUAAGUCAACUGCUGGCCGUGAGUUCAGUGGCCAGGUUUCUCAUCAGACCACCUCCGAAAACCAGUGUACUCCUAUUCCCAGCAGCACAGUUCACAGCUCUGUGGCUGACAUGCAGAACAUGCCUGCUGCUGUGCACGCACUCUUGACAAAACCCUCUCUCAGCACAGCUCCCUUUGCUCAGCGGUAUUUGGGAACACUCCCUUCAGCUGGAAGCACCACCUUGCCUCAGUGCCAUGCUGGCAGUGCCACAGUCUGUGGCUUCUCAGGAGGCCUUCCCUAUCCGGCUGUUGCAGGAGAGCCUGUGCAGAACUCUGUGGCUGUGGGAAUUUGUCUAGGAUCAAAUAUCGGCUCUGGAUGGAUGGGUACCUCUUCCCUCUGUAACCCAUAUUCUAAUACCUUAAAUCAGAACCUGCUAAGCACAACAAAACCUUUUCCUGUGCCAUCUGUUGGUACAAACUGUGGAAUUGAACCGUGGGAUUCAGGAAUGACAUCAGGAUUGGGGAGUGUCCGAGUGCCCGAGGAGUUGAAGCUUCCUCAUGCUUGCUGUGUCGGGAUCGCUUCCCAGACCCUCCUCAGUGUGCUCAAUCCAACUGACCACUGGCUGCAAGUCAGCAUCGGGGUCCUCAGCGUUAGUGUUAAUGGUGAAAAGGUGGAUCUUUCAACAUAUCGUUGUUUAGUUUUCAAGAAUAAAGCCAUCAUAAGACCUCAUGCCACAGAAGAGAUAAAAGUGCUUUUUAUACCAUCCAGUCCUGGGGUUUUCAGAUGCACAUUCAGUGUUGCUUCUUGGCCAUGUUCGACAGAUGCUGAGACCAUUGUACAGGCGGAAGCUUUGGCCAGCACCGUCACUCUCACUGCCAUUGCCGAGAGUCCUGUUAUCGAGGUAGAAACAGAAAAGAAAGAUGUUCUCGAUUUUGGUGACUUGACUUAUGGAGGCUGGAAAGCCCUCCCACUAAAAUUGAUAAACCGAACGCAUGCCACUGUGCCAAUUAGACUGAUUAUUAAUGCUAACGCUGUAGCCUGGCGCUGUUUCACAUUUUCCAAGGAACCCAUCCGAGCUCCUGUGGAAGUUGCUCCUUGCGCUGAUGUGGUCACUCGGCUAGCAGGUCCUUCUGUGGUCAACCACAUGAUGCCUGCUAGUUAUGAUGGACAGGAUCCAGAAUUUCUGAUGAUUUGGGUUCUUUUCCAUAGUCCAAAGAAACAGAUCAGCUCUUCAGAGAUUCUGUACUCAGCAGAAGAAUUCUCGGCAAAAGUUGAUAUAGAAGUUGACAGCCCAAACCCUACGCCCGUUCUUAGAAGUGUGAGUCUCCGAGCAAGAGCAGGAAUAGCUAGGAUUCACGCUCCCAGGGACUUGCAGACGAUGCAUUUCUUGGCCAAAGUGGCUUCCUCAACAAAGCAGCACUUACCUUUGAAAAAUGCUGGGAACAUUGAAGUUUAUUUGGAUAUCAAGGUCCCAGAACAAGGAAGUCACUUUUCAGUGGAUCCAAAGAAUCUAUUCCUUAAACCUGGAGAAGAACAUGAGGUUGCUGUCUCAUUUACUCCAAAGGAUCCUGAAGCCUGCGAGGAAAGGAUCUUGAAAAUAUUUGUGCAGCCAUUUGGACCUCAGUAUGAAGUAGUGUUAAAAGGUGAAGUCAUUUCUUCAGGAAGUAAACCUCUGUCACCUGGACCUUGCUUAGAUAUUCCAUCGAUUUUGUCCAACAAACAAUUUCUGGCUUGGGGAGGAGUCCCUCUUGGUAGAACACAGCUUCAGAAACUAGCUUUAAGAAAUAAUUCUGCAUCUACAACUCAACAUUUACGACUGCUUAUUAGAGGACAAGAUCAGGACUGCUUUCAGCUUCAGAACACUUUUGGUUCAGAACAGCGAUUGACCAGUAACUGUGAGAUCAGAAUUCACCCAAAGGAAGACAUUUUCAUCUCUGUAUUAUUUGCACCUACUCGAUUAUCUUGCAUGUUGUCUAGACUAGAAAUCAAACAACUUGGAAAUCGAUCACAACCAGGCGUUAAGUUCACAAUACCUUUGUCUGGAUAUGGAGGAACAAGCAAUCUUAUUUUGGAAGGCGUUAAAAAAUUAUCUGACAGUUACAUGGUAACAGUGAAUGGCUUAGUACCUGGCAAAGAAAGUAAAAUUGUUUUUUCUGUCCGCAACACUGGCUCCCGAGCAGCUUUUGUUAAAGCAGUAGGUUUUAAGGAUUCUCAGAAAAAAGUUUUGCUGGAUCCUAAAGUAUUGAGGAUUUUUCCAGAUAAAUUUGUACUCAAGGAAAGAACACAAGAAGAUGUUACUUUAAUAUAUAAUCCAUCAGACAGAGGAAUCAAUAAUGAAACUGCAACAGAACUAUCAACUGUAUACUUAUUUGGUGGAGAUGAAAUUUCAAGACAGCAGUAUCGCAGGGCCCUGUUACAUAAACCAGAGAUGAUAAAACGGAUACUUCCAGAACGUAGUGUGCUUCAAAACAUUAAUUUUGUUGAAGCAUUUCAAGAUGAACUAUUAGUAACUGAAGUAUAUGAUCUUCCCCAACGACCUAAUGAUGUUCAGCUCUUUUAUGGAAGCAUGUGUAAAAUUAUACUUUCAGUAACUGGAGAAUUCAGAGAUUGCAUUUCUAGCAGAGAAUUCCUUCAGCCUUCUUCCAAAGCUAGCUUGGAAUCUACAAGCGACUUGGGAGCUUCUGGGAAACAUGGUGGCAACGUCUCUUUGGAUGUUUUACCAGUCAAAGGUCCUCAGGGUUCUCCUCUUCUCUCACAGGCGGCUCGCCCGCCUCCAGAUCAGCUGGCCUCCGAAGAGCCGUGGACUGUCCUACCCGAGCACUUGAUUCUGGUAGCUCCUUCUCCUUGUGACAUGGCAAAAACUGGACGUUUCCAGAUUGUGAAUAACUCUGUGAGGUUACUGAGAUUUGAGCUGUGCUGGCCAGCGCAUUGCCUCACAGUCACGCCGCAGCAUGGAUGUGUCGCGCCAGAGAGUAAACUACAAAUUCUUGUGAGUCCUAAUUCCUCCUUAUCCACAAAACAGUCAAUGUUCCCGUGGAGUGGUUUGAUCUAUAUACACUGUGAUGAUGGACGGAAGAAAAUUGUGAAAGUUCAAAUUCGAGAAGAUUUAACUCAAGUGGAACGUUUAACUCGUUUGACCUCCAAACCAUUUGGAAUUCUUUCCCCAGUAUCUGAGCCUUCAGUUAGUCAUUUGGUCAAACCAAUGACAAAACCGCCUUCCACAAAAGUUGAAAUAAGAAACAAGAGUAUUACUUUUCCUACAACAGAACCUGGUGAAACUUCAGAGAGCUGUCUGGAACUCGAGAAUCAUGGCACCACAGAUGUGAAAUGGCAUCUGUCAUCUUUAGCGCCACCUUAUGUCAAGGGAGUUGAUGAAAGUGGAGAUGUUUUUAGAGCUACCUAUGCAGCAUUCAGAUGUUCUCCUAUUUCUGGUCUACUGGAAAGCCAUGGGAUCCAAAAAGUCUCCAUCAUAUUUUUGCCCAGAGGUAGGGGGGAUUAUGCCCAGUUUUGGGAUGUUGAAUGUCACCCUCUUAAGGAGCCUCACAUGAAACACACGUUGAGAUUCCAACUCUCUGGACAAAGCAUCAAAGCAGAAAAUGAGCCUGAAAACGCAUGCCUUUCCAUGGAUUCCCUCAUUAAAAUAGAUCAUUUAGUUAAGCCCCGAAGACAAGCUGUGUCAGAGGCUUCUGCUCGUGUACCUGACAGGCAGCUUGAUGUGACUGCUCGCGGAGUUUAUGCCCCAGAGGAUGUGUACAGGUUCUUGCCGACUAGUGUGGGGGAGUCACGGACACUUAAAGUCAAUCUGCGAAAUAAUUCUUUUAUUACACACUCACUGAAGUUUUUGAGUCCCAGAGAGCCAUUCUAUGUCAAACAUUCCAAGUACUCUUUGAGUGCAUAAAGUUAAGAGUCAUGAAUUACAGCCCUGCGUUCCUGUGCAGCUGUGUCACAUUAAUGGCAUCUGAAGGAACUUAGAAACGUGAGAAAAUAUUUCUAAAUUAAGCAAAAUUUGGACAGUUCAAUUAAGUUAGCAUUUAAAAUAGUAUUGCAAGGUGCAUAGUUUGUACUCUGAACAUAUUUAAAUCUUUUUAAACUUUUAUGCUUUGAAGAUAAAUUUGAAUGAAAUAAUUUUAUACUCUAUUACUGGCAGACACUUAAGUUAUUCUGAUUAUGGUGAGUUUCCAGAAAGUCUUCAUCGAUAUUAACUAUCACUAUAGGACUACAGGGUAAAUGCAUAAUAGUACCGAUUUCAGCAAUAGCUUUAAUAGCAGCAGCUCAUUGUAAAUUUGGUAAAGUAUGAGUAAGAAAAUCAUGUGUAUGAAGCACUAAUUCUGUGAUCUGUUUAACCAAAUGAACUAAACUCUGGGUUAUAGGAAACUUUUAAUUUUACACAAAGAAAGGUGGAAACACUGGCUCCUUUGUAGCAGAGAAUGACCUGUGUUGACCUUGGAGAAGCAGCAGGACAGUAGAGGCAGAUGCCACAGGAACCCCAGUGACAGUUCUUACCACAGAACUGAAGUCAUGGGCACUUACGGCAUUGUGUGCUGUUGUAUUUGUCCCAAACACGAGACACUGUGACUUUAGACAAAGGCUCACAAAACAUAAUUGCCAGAUGAGACCAACAGUUAGCUUGCCUUGGCAGUGGAACAAAAUCUGUGUUCUUAAAGCCCUGAGAAGCAAUUCCCAGCCUUUACUUAAUCACAUUUUUCAUUUGGUAGAUCACUGUCUGCUCUAUGACACCAUUAACUACACAUUUCCAAAGUAAUAAUAAGAUUGUAGUCAUCUAUAGGGUACAGGAGAUAAUUACUUACAAAUAUGCACUUUUUCCAAGGCCACCGGAAGGCCUAGUGGGGCUGCUCUCCGAAAGCUCCAGCACUAGCACAGGGAAGUGGCUGUUCCCUAUAGGCUGUAAGCUGAUUCUAGCUUAAGGAGGCAGAAGAGUUCCCCCAAGAAGGUACAGGGGUUUUGCGCAGUGCAGAGGUGGGUGAACACGAAUGUAUGAUAGAUUAUAAGUAAGGUAAUAGGGAAAAGGAAACAUUACUAACAGGUUUUCUUAUAAAGGUUCUUUUUUGAGGGUUCUGAGGGAUCGUCUCUUUCUUAUAUCUUUUUUAAAAGAAUUUAUGUUUCUACUUAGUCCCCAAAAGCAUCUUUCUCUUAACCUAUUGUUUUAUGAACAUCUAAUCCCAGCUGAGUUGUUGUAGCUAAUAGGUUUCACCUCAUCUGUGCCCUCAUGUCCUUGCACAGUGCAAGGUGCACAAUCCUGGCAUACCCUGCAUGUCAUUUGGGAGAGAAGGACAGUUCCUAGAAAAGUGAGAAGCCAAGGAAUAGAGUUAUCAUUGAGCUGCAGUGACCCCUCACCCAUGUGUGGGAACAAAUUUUAUUACCUUUUUCAGUUUCUUUGAUAAUGGUGGUACCUUGUAUGUGCUAGUGUACUGACUUUUUUUCUGUGGAAACUGUUCCUUUAAAAAAAUGUUUUGGGCUGGGCAUGGUGGCCCAUGCCUGUGAUCCCGACAUUUUGGGAGGCCAAGACGGGCAGGUCAUCUGAGGUCAGGAGUUCAAGAUCAGCCUGGCCAACAUGUGAAACCCUGUCUCUACUAAAAAUGCAAAAAGUAGGCAAGGCGCGGUGGCUCACGCCUGUAAUCCCAGCACUUUGGGAGGCGGAGGCGGGCGGAUCAUGAGGUCAAGAGAUCAAGACCAUGCUGGCCAACAUGGUGAAACCCCGUCUCUACUAAAAAUACAAAAAUUAGCUGGGCAUGGUGGCGCAUGUCUGUAAUCCUAGCUACUCAGGAGGCUGAGGCAGAAGAAUCGCUUGAACUCAGGAGGCAGAGGUUGCAGUGAGCCGAGAUCGUGCCACUGCACUCCAGCCUGGUGACAGAGCGAGACUCCGUCUCAAAAAAAAAAAAGCAGUAGCCGGGCCUGGUGGCAUAUGCCUGUAGUCCCAGCUGCUCAGGAGGUUGAGGCAGGAGAAUGGCUUGAACCAGGGAAACAGAGGUUGCAGUGAGCUGAGAUCGUGCCACUGCACUUCAGCUUGGGCGACAGAGCGAGAAUCCGUCUGAAAAAAAAAAAUGUUUUGAAAGAAAGGAAGGAAGUGUGGUUGCUAGAAUUUGUAGGUUCCACUAAGCCCUUUCCACGUAGAUGGGGCCUGCAGGGAGUUGGGAGCUGAGCGUGCACAGCCUGAUGGCCUCUCUGCUCCCUAGAUGCAUUUCUGCUCUGCGUGCCUUUGCAAUUACAUCUAUCAUUAGUUAGAGGAUCUGAACUAGACCUCCCCACUGGGUUCAGAGGACUUUCCUGCUACCUUUUCCCAUGUGUGUGUGUGUCUGUGUAGAGAUUAAAUUAGUUCUUAAUAAUAGUAUUACAAAGUACUUUUUAAAAUAUAUCCAUCUUGCUGGGAGUGUUCUAUAGCCGUAUUAAAUGUUGUGGUUCUUUCUAAAUUGCAUUCCAUUUUAUUCAGUGUAUCUGUAAAUCUAAAGCAGAUGAUAUAUUUUUAAUCACAAUAUACUUAAAUUUUCAGUUUAAUAUAGAACAAUUCUGUAUUCUGUGAUGAAAUUUAUUAAUAAUGAGUUCUUCCAGAGAUUUUUUUGGGGAUAUUAUUUUUUAGUAAUUCAUAAGUUAUAAAGCCUCUUAAAUAGGCAAAUGGUACUAUAUUUAUCCAAGUAUUGACCGCCAACAUGAAAGAGAAAAUUGUAGCUAAUGGCAUGGGCCAGGUUAGUUUUUUUUAAAAAAGUACAUUAUCUUUGACAUGGUAAAACAAGUGUAAUGCCUUUGGGGAAAAUAACCCAGACUUUAAAUAAAAAUAGGGCACUCGUUACCAGCCUCUAUAUUACUGUAAUCUGAAAGUAAAGUUUCUAGAAUAUUUUUGAUGAAAGUUUUGGGCCGGGCGUGGUGGCUCAUGCCUGUAAUCCUAGCACUUUGGGAAGUCAAGGCGGGUGGAUCACUUUAGGCCAGGAGUUUGAGAUUAGCCUGGCCGACAUGGUGAAACCCUGCCUCUACUAAAAAUACAAAAAUUAGCUGGGUGCAGUGAUGGGCGCCUGUAAUCCCAGCUACUCGGGAGGCUGAGGCGGGAGAAUUGCUUGAACCUGGGAGGUUGAAGUUGCGGUGAGUCAAGAUCAUGCCAUUGCACCCCAGCCUGGGCGACAAGAGUGAAACUGUCUCAAAAAAAAAAAAGAAAGGAUCAUGAAUUUUAGAGCAAAAACUGCACAGCCCAUUAAUGAUAGGGUUGGGACAAGUUGUUUUAAUCUUUCCAGUACAAUAUGCUGUCUGGACUGAGUAAAACAGGCAUUUAGGGUGUUCCCGAACCCUUUCUUAGGUAGAUAGCUUUUGCAGGCAGAAUACAAAGCUAUAUGUAUGAUAGUUUAGACCUCUUAUUUUCCUUUUUAUAUAUUAAUAGUUACUGGAUAGCCAGGAAUAUAUAGGUAUGCAAUACUGUUUUAAUACAAUUUUAGAUUUUUCUCUCCUUUGUGUUAUUUUCUCAUUAAAUAAUAGCAUCCAGGAAAUUAUAAAUACAUUUAAGCUGAAUGUAGCUUGACCAAGCUCUUUCCUCAACACCUGAGCCAGGCACUGUGCUGCCUGCGACAGGGUCGCGGAUGCUGUCAUGACAUGCCUCUGUCAUGUGCCUGUCUCU